GGCGCCCGAGGGAGGCCGGGCCUGGGGGGGCCCGAAGAGAGGCGCUAAGCGUAGGUCGGCCGGCACCGGGGGUCGCCGGCGGCACUCCGGGGAAAGCCUGGUCAUGCAGACUUCCGACUCCGAGUCAUUGGAUGAGAUCGAUAUCACGCAGCUGAUGAGCUUGACCAUUUCCCGCAAAGGCCUGGCCACACCCAGGAGCCCCGAGGGUCCCGGGGACGCCCCCAGGCACCCGAGUACCCACGUCAAGAAGGGCUCCCUUCACAUGCCGGGCCCUUUCCUGUCCUCCAGUCCCCGAGGACUCACCUCGGCUGUUGGAGAGGAGGAAGCCUCUUCCUCCAAGAAAACGCCAAGUGUGGUCUGGGGGAAGGUGGAGAGCAGCAGGCUCAGCUACCUGGCAGCGGCUGCCGCCGCCCCAGGUGGGCUGCCCACGCCCACGCCCUGGAAGAAGGCGCCCCAGGAGAAGAGAUCCCUAGGACGGGGCUCAAACCUUGCCUUGGGAAGAAGCUUUCCCUCCUGGGGGCAGAGAGUCCCGGCACCUCCUCCCGCGGAGCCAGUCACCUUCGCUACGAUCUCUGCUUCCCCGCUGCUGGCGAGGAGCAAGAAGUCCUCCUGGGUCCCUUUGGGGAUCAAGCAGUCCAAGUCCCCCAGCGCUGGGAAGAAGUCUGUGGCCAGGAGGACCAGAGAGUCCGAGCCGAUGGCCGAAGAAGAUAACGGCGGGAAGGGCGAUCGAGUCCCAAAGGGCCAGCCUCCUGCACACAAGCCAGGGCCGCCUUCUCUGUGCAUGUAUCACGGAGAGUUCAGCAGUGGCGACUUCAACACUGGAAGCCCCCCAGUUCCAAGACGCUCGCAGCUCUUGGCCCUGAGUCAGGGGGACGUCCUGCCCAGAGGAGGGCCCACAGCCUCGGGUGACCAGGAACUACUUGACCGUCCCUCAAGACUGAAAAGGCAGCGGCGGCAGCAGCCGCCACCUGGAGCAGAGGGUUGUCCCCAGUGCCCCGUGCUACAGAGAGAAGUCGACGAACUUAAAGAGCAGCUUGCGGCCAUGCAGUCCCUGACUGACAAGUUCUUCAGCCUCUGAAGUUGAAGUUGAGCCCGGCAUGCAUCUUCCGACAAGAGGAGCAGCUGUUCCCCCUUGGAGCCAGCAGGCUGCGGCCAAGCUGGUCCCCUCCUGUUCUACGUCAGCCGGGGCUUCCUCUCCCCCUUCUGUGGCCUCCUCCCCACCCCAGU